UAAGGAAGGUCAUAAGGCUAGCCUCACAAAAUUACAGUUUGCAAAACAGAAGGUGCAUUUCUUGGGGCAUGAUAUCACAGGGGAGGGAAAAACGCUGUCUGCGGACAGAGUCUCAGCUAUUCAGAAAAUUCCCAAGCCGAUCACUGUGAAACAAGUUUUGUCAUUUUUGGGUAUGUGUUCCUAUUGCAGAGCAUUCAUUCCGAAUUAUUCCAUCCUGGAAAGUCCAGUGAGAGAGCUCGUGCACGGUUCGUCCCUCACCGCUUCAUCACCUGUCGUAUGGACACCAGAAGCUGAAGAAGCAUUCCUGGCCCUAAAAGGCGCCCUGCAGACCACACCCACACUGGGACUGCCUGAUCCCAAUAAACCAUUUGUUCAAACUGUAGAUGAAAAGAAGGGUUUUAUGACCUCUGUUCUUUUGCAGAAACACGGGGAUAGAUUGAGACCUGUAGCUUACUUCUCCAGCAGGCUGGAUCCAGUGGCGGCUGGACUUCCUGUUUGCCUGCGUGCAGUUGCUGCAGCUGAAAAGGCGGUAACUGCCUCCAGAAAUAUUGUGGGGUAUUCUAACCUCACCCUUUUGGUCCCACAUGCUGUCUCCCUGCUUCUGUUGGAGAAAAAGACGUCACAUUUGUCAGCACAGAGAUGGUUGAAGUAUAACACAGUCAUACUUGAUAUGCCUAACAUCAUUGUGAAACGUUGUACUGUUCUGAAUCCUGCCUCUCUUCUCCCUACAGAGGACGAUGGAGAGCCACAUGACUGUGUUGCUCUCACUAACGAUUUUUGUUCCCCCAGGGCAGAUUUAAAGAGCGACCCUUUGGAAAAUCCAGACAUGAUCCUCUAUGUGGAUGGUUCAGCCUCCAGAGACCCAGAGACGGGAAAGAACAAAAGGCAGCUGACAAAUAUCGGUUACCAGAUGGUGAAAAUAGACUCCGAUGACUUGCCUGACUGGCCUCCAAACCCACACGAAGACUAUAACCCACCGUUCCAUGACAUCAGCACAGUUGACAUGAAAUUAGUCCUGACUUAAAACACUUUCAUUAUGAUUGUUUCCUGUUCUAUUAUUCCUGAUCUAUGUAUAUGGCUUGCUAGCAUUUAUUUAAGAUGUCUAUGUCUUAUAAAAACAGCCUUAGCAUUAUCCCUGUACACUCAAUGACGUGUUAAGUCGAAUCUCUCUGAGAACUCUUAUCACUGAAACUGUGUACAGUUCUUUUCUUUCCUUUUAGCAAUUUAUCCUAUAGGAUAAAAAGGGGGGAAUGUGAGGGAAUUUUUAAUGGAUGAACAUUAUUAUUCUCUGUGUUUCUGUGUGUUGAGCUCAAGUGGCCUAGACUGAGAAAGAUGUUUUUUCCUAUGUUGUAAUCGCUUUUCUGUGGCCUUGGUGGUAAUGAGCAGGGUGCUUGAGUUCAUCCUAGCUUGCAUCUUCUCAUGAUGUAACCACCAUUCCUGGCCUUGGUGGUGAUAAGCAGGGUGCCUGAGUUCUCAUAACUACGCAUCCGCCCGCACGCCAGGUGCACGCUCUAACAAAGCUUCAUAGAAAAUCUUGAGCCAAUCACGUGAAGAUGCAAGCAGUAAGCAAAUGCCUUUAGAGUAUAAUAGAUA